AUGAAGGUCGCAUCCUCCGUCGCUGCGGUUGCCGCCCUCGUCUUUGCGUCUUCCGCCAGCGCCUGGCGUUUGAAUGCCUAUCAGCUCCAGAACUCGGAGGGCCCAAAGUUCACUGCCGGCGGACCAGGCGGUUCUGGCAGCGCCUGCCACAGCGUUGGUGACCUUAACAACAAGAUUUCAUCCAUUGAAUGGUACUCUGAUGACCCAACGCACCACACCCGCUGUUGCUUUGUCCCAUUCAAUGGCCUUGGCUGCACCGGUGACCUUGGUCAGAGCUGGUGCCGCAAUAUUCGUGUUAGCGACCUUGGCCAGAUCGGUAUGGAUAACAAGAUUAGCUCCUUCCGUACUGACUGCUAUAAACCAACUACCAAGCGUAUGGAGGAGUUCCAGUUCUGA